AUGUGUCGCUUAAGAGAAUUAAUAUUUGAUGGGCCUUGCUUAUUCAAAAUAGAAUGGAAAGAACAGUUUCUAACAUUAAUAAAUGCUAUGUUUCAACAACCCACACUACGUUACUUGUGGCAUAUACAAGAAAGGAUGGGAUAUUUUAUUGUCAUUUUUGCCGUUACUCAAGCUUUAGAAAGAUUGAUCUUAUUCGCCAUGCCAGAAUUCAUACAGGAGAAAAGCCGUAUAAGUAUUUGUUUUAACAUUGCAGCAUUUUCCAAAGUGGAUGGAAUAUAUUAUUGUCAUUUUUGCCGUUUCACAAGCUUAAUGAAGAUUGGUGUAACUCGUCAUGUUAGAAUUCAUACAGGAGAAAAACCGUUUAAGUGUGAUGUUUGUGACAAACGGUUUACUCUAAAGCAUCAUGUUCAGAGACAUAUGUGUACUCAUUUUAAGAAAAAUUUGGCGGGUUUGGUUUUUAUAUAUUACAAAACUAUAAGUUUUGUAACCAUAAACUAUAAUGUAUGUUUACAUUUUUCAGCUCUCUCCAAGAAAGUUGUAAUUCAUCAGUGUCCUUAUUGCAACUAUUCAAGCAUUCUUAAGUAUGACAUUAAAAGACAUGUGAGAAUCCAUACUGGGGAUAAACCAUAUCAGUGUAAAUUUUGUAACUAUUCAUGUAGUUGGAAGCAAAAUUUCAACAGGCACAUGAAAACUCAUACUGGUGAAAAAAACUUUCAAUGCAGCACUUGCAACAAAUUUUUUGCUACAAAAGCAUCAUUGAAAAGUCAUACCAUUCUUCAUUACAAGCACUUAAUUUCAGCUUUUUCUGGAACAAGUGUUUUUCAUCAGUGUCCUUUUUGCAAUUUCAAAAGCAGUUGGAAGUCAUGUCUUAACAGACACUUCAGAAUUCACACAGGUGAAAAACCCCAUCAGUGUAGCGUUUGCUCCAAACAGUUUAGCAGGGCAUCAAACUUGAAAAUCCACAUGCUGAGACAUUUGAAGAUGCAGAAGUGUUAAUGUAUAAAUGUUUUAAUGAAGUAAUUUAGUUAGUUUUAUCACUGACUAUUAAUUAUCAUCUAUUUAGCUAAAGGAAAUUAUUAUUUUUUAUUAUAUCAUAUUUAAAAUAUGUGGGAAUAUGAAUUUCUAAGGAGUUAAAAACUAUUGUUUUUAUUAGUGAUAUUGAAUUUUUUUCAAUAGAUUUUUGCAGCACUGUAAUUUAAAAUUUUGUAAUGAAUACAAAUUUACAUAAUUAACAAUUACUGAUAAUGGAACUUAGACAGAUAUGAUGGAAAUGGUUGUACACAUUGAUAAUUAACCUAUUCACAUUUCUUCUCUUAGAAGCUGUUAAUUUAUGUUAUGAUUAUUGUUAUGUCAUGAUUGCUUAUUUAUGGUUUGAUUACUGUUAUGUUAUAAUUACUUGUUUUAUGUUAUUGUUUGAUUCAUCUCAUGAUUUCUACUGAUUAUACUUCAUAAUAAAUUAUUAUCAUUACCAUU